AUGUCUUCGGCGCCCGAGAAGCAGCAGCCACCGCACGGCGGCGGCGGCGGCGGCGGCGGCGGUGGCGGCGGCGGGGGAGGCGGCGCGGCCAUGGACCCCGCGUCGUCCGGCCCGUCCAAGGCCAAGAAGACGAACGCCGGCAUCCGGCGCCCGGAGAAGCCGCCCUACUCGUACAUCGCGCUGAUCGUCAUGGCCAUCCAGAGCUCGCCCACCAAGCGCCUGACGCUCAGCGAGAUCUACCAGUUCCUGCAGAGCCGCUUCCCCUUCUUCCGCGGCUCCUACCAGGGCUGGAAGAACUCCGUGCGCCACAACCUCUCGCUCAACGAGUGCUUCAUCAAGCUGCCCAAGGGCCUCGGGCGGCCCGGCAAGGGCCACUACUGGACCAUCGACCCGGCCAGCGAGUUCAUGUUCGAGGAAGGCUCCUUUCGGCGGCGGCCGCGCGGCUUCCGAAGGAAAUGCCAGGCGCUCAAGCCCAUGUACAGCAUGAUGAACGGGCUCGGCUUCAACCACCUCCCGGACACCUACGGCUUCCAGGGCUCGGCCGGCGGCCUCUCGUGCCCGCCCAACAGCCUGGCGCUGGAGGGCGGCCUGGGCAUGAUGAACGGCCACUUGCCGGGCAACGUGGACGGCAUGGCUUUGCCUAGCCACUCGGUGCCCCACCUGCCCUCCAACGGCGGUCACUCGUACAUGGGCAGCUGCGGCGGCGCGGCGGCCGGCGAGUACCCGCACCACGACGGCUCGGUGCCAGCCUCCCCGCUGCUGCCCGCCGCCGCCGGCGGGGUCAUGGAGCCGCACGCGGUCUACUCGGGGUCGGCGGCCGCCUGGCCGCCCUCGGCCCCGGCGGCGCUCAACAGCGGCGCCUCCUACAUCAAGCAGCAGCCCCUGUCCCCCUGCAACCCCGCGGCCAACCCCCUGUCCGGCAGCCUCUCCACGCACUCCCUGGACCAACCCUAUCUACACCAGAACAGUCACAACGCCCCAGCCGAGCUGCAAGGCAUCCCGCGGUAUCACUCACAGUCGCCCAGCAUGUGUGACCGAAAGGAGUUCGUCUUCUCUUUCAACGCCAUGGCGUCCUCGUCCAUGCACUCGGCCAGCGGCGGCUCCUACUACCACCAGCAGGUCACCUACCAAGACAUCAAACCAUGCGUGAUGUGA